CGUUAACGGUACCAAGCGGAGCGCAGCCAACGCUGCAGCGAACCGAACCGUAUCAAGUCGAAUCGAGUUAACCAACAAGUGACGUGUUUUUCUUUUCGAAACCGAAAGUGUUAACAGUACCAACUUAGGCGCGCGUUAAUUCAAACAGAUAUUCAACCAAAUACAGAAAAAUAAAAAGCGGAAAAACAAAACAAAACAAAAGCAAAAACAAAAUCAAAACAAAAUUAAAGCUCAACAUUUGAUUACUUUUUAAGGAGUCUUAUUGGCCAUUUGCAUGCGCGACACCUGCGCUGAUUGAUAUUCAUUAUUAAAUUCAAGUCUUGCAAAAGCGCGUAACUUCCGGUAAUUUUGCGUCGUAAAAUGUUUGCCACCAAUAUCCGCCGGGCUGUCGUCAACGUAAUGAACCUGGCCGAAAGGCAUUGAGGCCACAGAAGGACUUCGUGUGCAGACAUUUGCGCCCCUUGCAUUCUCAACGCGUCUCCUUGCAGCGACGCCUAUUUCCGCCGCAUUUUGCAAUUUGAAUUGGCACGUGAAAGCUGUUUCCCCAAUCGCAUAUGCUACGGCUAAUUACUAUGCAACAACAACAACAACAACAACAACACCAGCACCAGCACAAGCACAAGCAACAACAACAACAUCGGCUGGUGAAAUCCAAGUAAAGCAGAGGCAAAUCCACACUACGACCAUGGAGGAGGACGUUUAUGCAACGCUCAACUACAGCGACAGCGACAGCACCGCCGAAGAUGGCGCCGAGGAUGAGGAUGGCUGGAACACGCUGGAUAUGAGUGUUGAGCAGCUGGAGCAUCUGCUGCUCUGGCAGCUGCCCGAUUCGGGCAACAGCACCAGCAAACAGACGUUGGCCAAUUGGAGCUUCAGCAAUGAAACCGCAAUGCCCAGUCCAACCCCCGCCCAGUCGCCCUUCGACACCAACAACUAUUGGGCCCUGCUCGCCCUGGUGCUGGUGUUUGGCACGGCAGCGGGCAAUAUCCUCGUCUGUUUGGCCAUCGCCUGGGAACGUCGCUUGCAGAAUGUGACAAACUAUUUUCUGAUGUCGCUGGCCAUCACGGAUCUGAUGGUCGCCGUGCUCGUCAUGCCCCUGGGCAUCCUCACCCUGGUCAAAGGCCACUUUCCACUGAGCUCGGAGCACUGCCUGACCUGGAUCUGCCUGGAUGUGCUGUUCUGUACGGCCAGCAUAAUGCAUCUGUGCACGAUAUCCGUGGAUCGGUAUCUGUCGCUGCGCUAUCCAAUGCGCUUCGGACGCAACAAAACCAGACGCCGCGUCACGCUCAAGAUUGUCUUUGUCUGGCUGCUGAGCAUCGCCAUGAGUCUGCCGCUCAGCCUGAUGUACUCGAAGGAUCAUGCCUCGGUGCUGGUGAAUGGCACUUGUCAGAUACCGGAUCCGGUCUACAAGCUGGUCGGCUCCAUUGUCUGCUUCUAUAUACCGCUGGGCGUGAUGCUGCUCACCUACUGCCUCACCGUCCGACUCCUGGCCAGGCAGCGGCAAAACUUGGGCGGUGGCCAGCCCACAUCGGCGGUCACGCCCGGCUGGGCCAGCGGCUGGCUGGGCCAGGCGCCAGCCUUGGAGCGUCGCUGCACUUGGCGCCGAUUGUUGAAGCCGGGCCAGAGCCACGCCUCGACGGUGCUGCACGCCCACUCGGCUAAUUCGACGGAUACGGAUCUCAGCACAUUGGACAAUCACGAGCUCUGGCUGCCCGACUCCAGCAUACCCGAACCCACGCCCACGACAAUGACGGCGCUGCAUCAGUUUGGAGCGGAGAUGUUGAAGCUGUCGCGUGGCCUGGAAUCUGUUGCCUCGUCCUCAACAACCGGCUCGCCCACAAAAUCCGAAUUUUCCAUCUCAAACAAUUUACCCUACUCCAGCAGCCCGCAGCGCUUUUCGACGCAUCAACAGCAACAGCAGCAUAAUCAGCAGCAGCAGCAGCAGCAACAGCAGCAGCAUCAGCAGCACUUGCAACAUGCUCACGGUAGCAGCUACCUGCAACAAACGUCGCCCAAGGGCAAGCAGAGCAGCAACAUGCUGGGCCUGUCCAACACAACGCUCGGUCUGGAGCGCGAGAGCACGCGCAACUCGUUGGCCAGCAGCCGCAUGGGCGAGCAGAGCGAUGGCACACUUUCCCAACUGUCGCAAAGACUGCGUGCGUACAAGAAGCGCAGGCGCGCUUCUUCGGCAGCUUCUGGCCGUGAGCGACGCGCAGGCAGCGAGGAUGCAGAGGAUGAGGAUCAGGAUACACUACGACGGUGCAAACGAUACAAUAGCCUGCCCAAAAAUGCGCUCUACACGCACCACAAGACGCUGCACGAGAGCCAGGACGACGAUGACAAUGAGGCGGCGGGUGCAGAGCCGGAGGACGACGACGAAAGACUGGACACGCAAGCAGCUAAGACAUUAAAAUCUUCGUCCAUGAGCAAGAGCUGCCACUCCGACACGGAGGUGGAGCCACAACAAGGCAAACUAUAUCACGUGCCAAGCAGCUCCAAUCAUCAGUCGGACUACCCGCAGCUGCCGUCGGUGUGCACCUGCCCCUACUUCGGAGAUCGCCCGCUGCAGAGCUGUGUGAAAACGGCGGAGGUGAAGAUCAUAUCCUCCGCCUUCAAGGUCACCACCGUGACGACAGCAACGGCCGUGAGCAGCUCGCCCAGCGAAAUGGACCUGCUUCUGUGCAGCGCCAGCAACAACAAGAGCGCGCUCACCGGCAGCGUGAGUGUGGGUGCGGCGGCAGCAGCUGUUCCCGGCGGUGGAGUUGGUGGUGCGUCGGUGAACACCUUGUCGCCCAACUCGGCCCAUCAGACGCCCGGCAGCUGCCUGACGGUGCACAGUGAUGGCAGCGGCUUUCUGGCCGCGCCGGGUACACCGUGUCCCGGCCGGCGUAAGUUGAGCAUCUCAAAGACAGCUUCGGUGGUCACGUGGGACUCGAGUCGGCAUCGUCGGCGUGGCAGCAGCUUUGGCGGUGCACGCACCUCACUGCUGCUAACCCCCACCAAGACGGCGUCCAGCACGGCAACAACCACAACAACAACGACGCCGUUACGCCGCUCUGCCACACUGCGGAGCCACCAGAACAUGAACUACCAGGGCGGAGGAGAGGGCGGCAAGUCGCGGACGCCGCAUUCGUCGCCCUGCCUGCUGCAGCGCCAGCAAACGGUUCGCUCUCAUCAUUCGCGCAACUCCAGCGUCAUCUCGCGCAACUCGUCGCGGCACGGCCGCAUCAUACGGCUGGAGCAGAAGGCCACGAAGGUGCUGGGCGUGGUGUUCUUCACGUUUGUCAUUCUCUGGUCGCCGUUCUUUGUGCUCAACCUGUUGCCGACGGUGUGCGCGGAGUGCGAGGAGCGCAUCAGCCACUGGGUGUUCGAUGUGGUCACCUGGCUGGGCUAUGCCAGCUCCAUGGUGAAUCCCAUAUUCUACACGAUCUUCAACAAGGUCUUUAGGCAGGCCUUCAAGAAGGUGCUGCUCUGCCGCUACUCGAACAACAGCGCCUGGAGGCCCAGCAGAUAGCAGACGCCGGUGAAGCCCGGUAAGCUCAAGGCAAACGCCAAUCCCCUGACAAAUCUCAAACCGCCGCCCAUCAAAUGCACCGGCGUGGACUUUGCCGAUGCCAGGACACUCGCUUCACGUCCAGCCUCGAGCCUGCUCAAGGCGCAAUCGAACAGCGACUCAACGACCAAUCUCUGAGCGCAGCAGCUCGAAAUUUGGGCAAGCAUCCACAGACCACACGGCACGCACAGCCCGGCCCGGCUCGGAAUCGUGUGUGUGAAUGUGUAUUGAGGCUUAAGUCUCUAAUUAAUUUCAAAUUCAAUUUGCACAGCCAUUGAGCACAUUUGCCGGACAAACCGAAACCAGACAACUGCUGCUUGUUAACCCACCCGAUGGAACAACCACCUAACCGCCAAACAUCCCACUCGCACUCGUGCCGAGUUCAGCCAGCUGGUCAGCUUUGCCGCCGCAGGCGUCUAGUUCUCUAAUUGUGGUGCUCAAGGUGUAUUAAGUUUGUCUGCUCAAUGCCACGCCCCACAGCGCCUCCAUCUCCACUGCCCUGUGGCUCGGCAAUUCCAUUAUGGGAUUAUUAAACGAAGCAUAGCAGAUUUUGCAAAUGUGCGUCAAAGGCAUUUCAAGGCGGAAAAUGCAAAGAAUCUGUAUUUUCCUGCUUCUAUCUAGCACGGGGUAGCCCCGAGGCUGAUUAUGUGCAUGCUGCUGAAACUAUUGAAUAAUAGAGCGCAGUUUAGUUAAAAACAAACUAAAGUCGGGAUUAAAGUUUGUUAGAAUGAUAUACUUAGUUAGAAUAAGUUCUUCAAGUAGCCAAGAGUGUGAUCUUAACUUGUAAUAAACUGUUCACUCAGCUAAUAUCAGAGCUUUGGCAUUUCAGAUGUAAACGAAAAUCAAAUUAAAUAACAUUUUAAAUAAUUUACAUUCCAAUGUUCUUCGUCGACGUGGCCUGUGCAUA